AUGAAGGAAAAUUACUUAGAUCAGUUAGGGAACAAGAUGCAGGUUGAAGAUUCUUUGGGAAGUAUGACGUUUGAUCUGCCGGAAUUAAAAAUUGAACCUAUUAUGGAUUUCGAUGCUAAUCAAGGAGUGGCGUGCGGCACGGGGAAAUGUCCACUUUUGACCGAGAUGAAUAGCGAUUCUCUAAAUUACUGGAUGCAGCGAUUUGUGUUGGAAAAAGAAAGGAAUAUCCACCUUGCUCCCUGUACUACAUUGUGUUUGUCGUUUUGCAAGGGACUCUCUGCUAAACUGGUGGAAAUAGAGACACGGGAUGAAAAUGAUUUCUUGCAGCAUCACCUUCAAAAUAUGAUGCAUGGCCAUAACUACUGGAUCGGUUUAACAGACGCAAUUGUUGAAAAUGAAUGGUUAUGGAUGUCAACUCAACAAGAAGCUCAUUUCACUAACUGGGGUCUCCUCCAGCCAGACAAUGCCCAGAACAACGAGGACUGUGCAGAUAUGGCGUUUUUCUAUCCACAAGGCGUCUGGAAUGACGAAAAUUAUUGA